AUGGACGCCAGCGCCAACGCAACUUUCACGUCCAUCUUGGCGGGCACCAAGCUCGCCAAUGUGAACAUCCCACCCCAUAUUGACUCGGUGAUCGAAGCCGUUACCAAUGCCAGCUCAUGGACCAUCACCUUCACCAUUUUGGCCAUUCUGGUCGCCUAUGAUCAACUUAGCUACAUUUUCAACAAGGGUUCCAUUGAGGGACCUUCUAUGAAGAUCCCCUUCAUGGGUCCCUUCCUGUCCUCUGUGAACCCCAAGUUCCAUGAAUAUCAGGCUAAGUGGGCCAGUGGCCCCCUGAGCUGUGUCUCGGUCUUCCAUAAGUUCGUCGUUAUCGCCUCAACCCGCGACAUUGCCCGAAAAAUCUUCAACUCACCCGCUUACGUCCAACCUUGUGUUGUUGAUGUCGCACCGAAGCUCCUUGGUCACGACAAUUGGGUUUUCCUAGACGGCAAAGCACAUGUCGACUUCCGCAAGGGUCUCAACGGCCUGUUCACCCGUUCGGCGCUGGCCUCCUACCUGCCCUCCCAGGAAGAGGUAUACCGCGACUACUUCGCGCGGUUUCUCAAGGUCACCGAGGACGCUGGCGGCAAGCCCGUCCCGUUCAUGACGCACUUGCGCGAGCUCAUGUGCGCCGUCUCCCUCCGCACUUUUGUUGGCCAUUAUAUCUCGGACGACGCAGUGGAGAAGAUCGCAAACGACUACUACCUCAUCACCGCUGCUCUCGAGCUUGUCAACUUCCCCAUCAUCAUUCCGUUUACCCGGACUUGGUACGGAAAGAAGGCCGCCGACAUGGUCCUGGCCGAGUUCUCCAAGUGCGCGGCCAAGAGCAAGGCCCGUAUGGCCGCCGGCGGUGAUGUGACCUGCAUCAUGGACGGCUGGGUGAAGUCGAUCGUCGAGUCGCAAAGGUGGCGCGAGGCUGAGGCCAAGGGUCAAACGGAGGGCAUGUUGAAGCCCACGCCGUACCUCCGCGACUUCGCCGACAUUGAAAUCGCCAAGACCAUCUUUACGUUCCUGUUUGCUUCCCAGGACGCCACCAGCAGCGCCGCCACGUGGCUCUUCCAGAUCAUGGCUCAGCGUCCCGAUGUUCUCGAUCGCGUCCGGGAGGAGAAUCUGAAGGUUCGGAAUGGCGACAUCAACGCUGAGCUGAACAUGGAUCAACUCGAGUCGCUCAAGUACACCCGUGCUGUUGUCCGCGAGCUGCUCCGUUACCGUCCUCCCGUCCUCAUGGUCCCGUACAGGGCUAAGAAGGCGUUCCCUAUUAGCGAUACUUACACUGUGCCGAAGGGAUCCAUGAUCAUUCCUACGGUCUGGCCGGCGCUACGUGAUCCCGAGGUGUACGAGAACCCCGAUGACUUCGACCCGGAACGAUACUACACCGGUGAUGCCGAGGUGAAGGGCGCCAAGAACUUCCUCGUUUUCGGAACGGGCCCUCAUUACUGCCUGGGCCAGCUGUAUGCUCAGCUUAACCUGGCUCUGAUGAUCGGGAAGGCGUCUCUUCAGCUGAACUGGAAGCAUCAUGCCACACCGAGGUCUGAAGAGAUCAAGGUGUUCGCCACCAUUUUCCCCAUGGACGAUUGCCCUUUGACGAUGGAGAAGCGGAAGUGGUAA